UUAGGAGUUCGUGCAACGGGCAGAUCCAAGCAUGACUAGAAGCGCAGGUCUGAAAAACAGAAACUCGUUUGUGCCGGUGACGUAUGAAGUCCUCUGCUUUGAACCUGUUGCGCGCAGAUGACCAGCCAAACCCACUUCACGGCGAGCGUGAGAAGAGAGCAGCACCUCUCCGCCUCAACCGAGCUGGUCAGUUCAACUAUUUCAAAGAGAAAAAACACUACAAGUGUUUUGGGAGAUUUAUUAGAUGCUUGAGAACAACUAGUUGCUUAAACGGUUGGAUGUUUUAGUCACCCAAAGUUUUUUUUUUCCUCAAGGAAAAGAAUGCGGAUUCUGUGCGCACCGCAACAUAAAUUGUUGUGAACUCUUUUAAACUGGAAUGGGGAUGAAGGUGAUGUGCUGGCUCUUGAUGUUGGAUCUUAGACAAAGAGACAUUCAGUCAUCUAAUCCUUAUUGAUCACUGAAACGGGAAAGAAGAGUCUGAUAAAUUAGUGGAAGCGAUCCUGAAACCCAGAGGAUUAUGCACUGCUUUUGAGCACUUUGGUGACUCAAAAACCAGUGGUUCCUUGCCAAAUCGGUCCCUGUAUCUAAAUAUGGCAACCCAGGGGCCCUCGUGCAACACCUCAAUCUCAGACUAUGCAAACCAGUCCAAUGAAAUCACCAAUAUUUCCCUUCAGCUGAAUGGUAGCUUGAUGGCCGAGGAGGACAGCACAAAGGUCCUGGCCGUAGUCUACCUGGUGGUGUUCGUCGUGGGUUUGACGGGCAACUCUCUGGCCAUUUUCGUAGUCCUGCGCUACACCAAAAUGAAGACGGUCACCAACAUGUACAUCUUAAACUUGGCAGUGGCCGACGAGCUGUACAUCCUGGGACUUCCAUUUCUCACCACCCACAAUGUGCUCGGCUACUGGCCAUUUGGCAACUUCCUCUGUCGUAUUCUGAUGUGGGCAGACUCAAUCAGUCAAUUUACUAGCACAUUCUGUCUGACAGUAAUGAGCAUUGAUCGCUAUAUGGCUGUGGUACAUCCUAUUCGCAGCACGAGGUGGCGGCGACCCAGUGUUGCCAAGGUGAUAAAUAGCAUGGUAUGGGCACUGUCCUGUCUGCUGACACUGCCAGUCAUCAUUUACUGUGACGUUCAGCCGGAGCUCAACACCUGCAACCUGAGCUGGCCUGAACCGCGUGACGUGUGGUCGACAGCUUUCAUUCUCUACACCGCCAUACUAGGUUUCUUCUGCCCACUUCUGGUCAUCUGCCUGUGUUACCUGCUCAUUGUAAUCAAGGUAAAGUCCGCCGGUGCACGAGCAGGACUCUCUAAACGCCGCAGGUCUGAGAAGAAAGUGACAAGAAUGGUGGUGAUCAUCGUGGUGGUGUUCGUCUUUUGCUGGCUGCCGUUCUUCAUCCUCAACAUCCUCAACCUGAUCAGCACCCUCCCAGAGAAUGGCCUUGUCACCGGCGUCUACUUUCUCACUGUCAUCCUGACCUACGUCAACAGCUGCGCCAAUCCGCUGCUCUACGGCUUUCUUUCGGACAACUUCAAGCGGAGCUUCCAGCAAGUGCUGUGCAUCCACAGGGUCAACGGGGUCAGCGACGGUCAACCUGGUCAUGCACGCCUCAGCAGGAACCAACAGAAUGAGGCCUUCUUUCCUCCAAGGAGCUUUGAUUUCAACGACCAUGUCCAGAGCUAUCAAUCCAUUGGUUUGGAGGCCGAACCCUGUGCCAAAACGGAAAUCAACCAACAUGGACCACAAGUGAGCAGCCAGUCCAUAUAGAAGUUGAAAGUUGGCUGGAUUUUUUUUCUCCCCCCUUUUUGUUCUGUUCGAGUCAGUCAUCCAAUUUAUGUCAAUAUGACGUGACUUGUGGUCAAAACAUAUGGCUUUAUAAAGUUAUUGUUGUCUGUUUCUAGAUCAAACACUUUAUGGUGAACAAAGACAAUACAUUUCCAUAUAAAAAUCAAUCUUCAAUGAGAAGAUAUCAGUGAUGUUAUAUAUGAUUGUAAAUAUGUAUUAUAAUGGCAAAUGCCUCAUCAUUUUGUUCAGCAUGACUGAAUGAAACUGGAAAACUGUUCAUCCACAACCUUUGGACCAGUUUGGACAGUUGAGAGAGAAAGUGGCAUCUGCUGUUACAUGUUGAUGGAUCAUUGCUAAUUUGGUGGUGGUUCUGAACAUUUUUACUCUCGAACAAGCUCUCUUGGUGGAUGUCUGGAUUUCAAAGCAGAGUAAUACACAAAACCCAGACGUACAUUUUUCAUAGCAUUUGGUGGAAAUGCCAAACAGGCUAUUUAUUAAAGGCAGAAUGUCUUUACACAAACCUGUUUAUGAUGGAUGAAGAUGUUUCAUAGUUGGAGCUGAAGCAAUGGCCCAGUCAUCCUGAGAGUAGGAAGGAGCUGCACAGGCAGAAACCGAGAUGUUCUUUCUUUAGUUUGGGUUGUUAAGGUGUACCUGUAUUAUGCUACCUUAGUCUUGAUGUUGUUUGUAUCUUUCCUAAUAAACCUGAGCUACGGGAUUACAGUAAGUUGAAACAUGGGGAUCAUGUAAUAUUACUGUAGCAAAAGACAUGCAUGUUAUUUGAUUUAUGUACUGUAUAUAGUAAACAAAGCUGUAAAGUUACCUGCUUUAAACAGAGGUCCAGGCAAAAUGGUAGGAGGGGCUUAUUUAUGUAAACCUGUCAAUCACGCUGUUCACAGUGCUGUAAGUACAUAACCAAGGAUUCAAAAAAUACCUCCAUCUGUUAACACGUCAUAACUUGUUUGAGUUCGUUUUUUAAUUGUAGACAGAUUUUGUUUUAUUCCAGAUUCACCUUUACAUCAUCAGAUUCCUUAUUUGUGUUCAGGGCCAGAAGGUCAGCAGACUUUUCCGUACUUUAUUGGCUUUAGAUUUACAGAGACUGUACUCAUUAAUAGACACUUCUGUAUAUGGGCCAGUUUAGCCAAUUUUCAACUAUAACCCCUGGGAAAGUAUGAAGGAAAACAAAGAGGCACGCAUAAGGGAGAAUACUCACAAGAUAAGUGUACGGACAAAAUGUUACAUGGACAAGACAGUGAACAUAAGCAAAUGAUGUUUCUUCAUCAGAACAGAUUUAGAAGUGAAAAAUGUAGCAUUACAUCACUUGCUCACCAAUGGUUGCGAAUGGGUGCCGUCAGAAUGAGUGUCCCAACAGUUGAUAAAAACAUCACAGUAAUCCACAAGUAAUUCACAAAUAAAAAGUUUGUGUUUGAAAGUUUAUAAAUAAAGAGGAAGCAAUAUUAUGGAUAGACUUGUAUUUUACCUGGAAGCAAUGUUUUGAAGUUAAAAAUAUCUUGAUGUAUUUGUUUUGUUACAAAACAUCGCUUUUCUGUUCACAAGACGUUAAUUGAUGGACUGGAAUCAUGAGCAUUACUUGUGAAUUAUUGUGAUGUUUUUAUCAGCUGGACUCUGAUUCUGACUUAUUUAGCAAGUGAUGUAAUGCUACAUUUCACCAAAUCUGUUCUGACAAAAAGAAAAAAACUCAUCUACAUCUAAGAUGGCCUGAGGGUGAGUACAUUUCCUGCUGAUUUUCAUUUUCGGAUGAGCUAUUUCUCUGAGAAUAACUCAGAGUUUGUAUUUUCUCCAAAUAAAGAAACUGAUUCCGCUGCAUGAUCAGUUCUGGUUUUACGUUAUAUCAUCAUCCAAGUCAGCAGAAGGAUUCAUUGCGUUUUGCUAAAAAAGCACACUGAUCCUUUUCACUUCUUUUCUAAAAUUCUAUGCUGAAAUGAUUCAAAAUGCUUAAAAAAAAAAAAAAGCAAUCUGUAAGAAAGUUCAACAACUGCAAGACAUUUCUAUUAAAUGGUUACUGUUGCACUUUGGACUCUGUAACAGUACUGAAGGCAUGCAAUACCGUGCCCUUUCUGGCACGCAGGCAAAUUCCUGCAAACCUAUAGAUCGUACCGUCUUUACAAGUGCACCUUUUACUCUUUCAUUUUUUCCCUCUCUUAAAAUGUUUCAUUAGGCCGAUUAAUGUUCCUCCGAAUCACUGUUUAUUGUUGAUGUACCAUCAACAGGUUCUGGCCGUUAUUUUUUUCUGGUCAUAUGCUUUCCAGUGUUUGUUUUGAGUUCAGUCACUCAUUUACCACUAGGUUUAGCGGAUUUGUCAAUGUUAGAACCAGCCACAGCCCUGACAAACCAGUUUCAACACUGUGUCGUUCUGCUCUCUACCUCUUUGUCAACACAUCUCUCAAUUUUGCCGUCUCUACCCGUAUGUUGAUGUUGUUUACUGACAAACCCUCUCUCAGGGUGCAGGAGAGUGUUGCAAGUGUCACUUGUCCUUUUUCUAUACGUCCAAACCUGCUGUUUGCAAACACUCAAUGUCAAAGCAGAGGACAGUACCCAGCAUGCACUGAAACAAGUGCUUUAAAUUGAUAUAAUCUGUAUCAGUUCCACAAAUCAGUAAAGAUGCAUCAACAUCAUUAUUCCUCUACGUUUUUAGUAAAAUAAUUCUGUCAGAAAAUGAUUUAUUCCCAGAAGUAAUGAAAUUAUUUUUAAGUGACCAAAUUAGUGAUUCUGUGCACUCACAUGAUUCAUAUGAUCAUUUUUGCAUAACCCCCACAAGCCUGCUAACUAAUAACACAGCAGCAUUCCAAACAGUCAUUUCCUAGCAGUUAAAAUAGAAAAUGUCAUACUGUUUAAUGUUGCCCCUUUCUCAAAAACACAUAAAAUUACACUUAAAUUCAACGCUAAAUUUACAUUCAACAUUCACUCUCCCCAUUGAGUCCCAUACAAAGCGUGCUGGGAAUUACAGAUCCCCUGCUCAGUUUCAGUUCGAACUCAAAAUGAUACAUCUAGCCCCAACAGAAAUUGUGUCCUGUGGACUAAAUGCGAAAAGAUUAAGUUAAGCACUCCAAAACAUUAACUUAUCACGUACACAUAGUAAAACAAAUCUCUGAUGUAUUUUCCCUUUACAUAUCUCUGUGUGAAGUGUUGUUGUUGGUUAGUCCUGUGGUGACAUAAUCUGUGAAAUUAAGUGUUGCUGUGUGAAGCAGAACAGAGAGACUGUGUUGUUUAUAUGGCCGAAUGAAUCACUUACUACCAAAUGAAUAAACAGUCAAUCCAUCAACAGCAGAUGUGAAACACAGAUUUAAGAAAUAGUUCAAUCAAAAAAUGAAAAUCUGCCGAAACUUUUCUCACCCUCAGGCCAUCUAAGAUUAAGAUUUGUUUUUAUAGGUUGUUUCUUCAUCAGAGCAGAUUUGGAGAGAUUCAGUGGAUCCUUUGAAUGGAUGCCGUCAGAAUUGGAGAGUUCAAACAGCUGAUAAAAACAGUUUAAACUACCAUAAAAUAUUUUACUAUUUAACUGUUUUCUGUUUAAAUGCAUUUUAAAAUGUAAUUUAUUCCUGUGAUCAAAGCUAAAUUUUCAACAUCAUUACUCCAGUCUUCAGUGUCACAUGAUCCUUUCAGAAAUCAGUCUAAUAUGCUGAUUUUCUAAUUAAGAAACAUUUGUUAUUAUUAUUAUUAUUAUUAUUAUUAUUAUUAUUAUCAAUAUUUAAAACAGUUGAGUACUUUUUUCAUGAUUCUUUAAUAAAUAGAAAGAUCCAAAGAUCUCUUUUUAUAGAAAUGAAUUAUAGAAAUUAAUACUUUUAUUUAGCAAAGAUGCUUUAAAUUGAUCAAAAGUGAUGAUAAAGACAUUUAUAGUGUAACAUUUCUUUUUUAUUAUUAUUUCAGAUAAAUACUGUUCUUCUUAACUUUCUAUUCCUCAAAGAAGCCUGAAAAAAUUCUACUCAGCUGUUUUCAACAUAACAACAAUAACAGACUUUUUUUGAGCAGCAAAUCAGAAUAUUUAAAUUAUUUCUGAAGGAUCAUGUGAUGCUAAAAAUUCAGCUUUGAAAUCACAGGAAUAAAUUACAUUUAAAAUAUAUUCACAUUUACUGUUUUGCUGUUAUUUGGAUCAAAUAAAUGCAGGCUUGGUGAGCAGAAGAAACUUAUUCAAAAACAUUAAAAAUCUUACUGUUCAAAAACUUUUGACUGGUAGUGUGCUCCUUACAAACACGCAGCUUUUCACAAGAAGUUAAUUGAUGGACUGGAGUGGUGUGGAUUCUUGUGAAGUUUUUAUCAGCAGUUUGGACUCUCACUCUAACGGCACCCAUUCAUUGCAGAGGAUCCACUGGUGAGCAAGUGGUCUAAGGCUAAAUUUCUCCAAAUCUGUUCUGAUGAAGGAACAAACUCAUCUACAUCUUGGCCUCAGGGUGAGUACAUUUUUUGGGUGAACUAUUUCUUUAAGAAUAGCUUAAAGUUUAAAAAGUGGCUUAAAAAAGGAAAUGAUGAAAAAUGCAAAGCUUACAGAUGUAAUAAAGCUGGUGAAUGUGAACUCUCUUUAAAGUAGACGAGGAAACGCCCUGCAAGAGAAAACUGCAUUUUGUUAUCCGAACCCUCUUACACACAAAGGAAGUAAAAACAGCGCUGCUCAGACUCCUGCAAGUCCAGUUGUAGUUGAACUGGUUAAUUUAGUGAUGUGUUAAGCCCCAUUGAUAAUGCAAUUCCAAGUACCAUUCAACAAUUAAGACAUUUUACCUUCCCUUCAUUUCAUUUGAACAGAAAUGGGAUUGUAAGUAAUUUCAGGAAGCUGUUAGCAAAUUGCGUUUGCCUGAAUGGAUUGAAUCGGUAAACCAGUUGAGCCGUCUUACAACUGGCCUUUACCAAAAUCACAUUUGGCAUUCGUUCUCAUGCUGUCGGAUUCACGGUGAACUUUACCUAAAGGUCAGAAGGCUGUAUGUGUCUCAGGUUUCUGUUUCAGUAUUUGUACAGAAUAUCUGAUAUAUGCGUUUUUGACUCUACUAAUCAAAGCAAAGGAUCAAAGAAAAAUUGUUUAUUGUUUAAAAACAUUUAUGCAAAUCGUUCUGAGAAAACUUUGCUGUUUUCCGAGCAGAACUCAAACCCAUUAAUAACAAAGUGGUGUAUGAAGUCAUACAUCAAUAAGCAUGUCCUUCGAAAGCCAUGGCACUUCCUGGAAACAAUUUUCCCCUUUAGGAAAUAAUCCCAUUACACUUCAUCCUGCACUAUUUGGCCAGUGCAUUAAGGUCUACAUACAAGUGAUUAAAUUGUUAUGAAAAAUGACUACUGCACGUUCAGGGUUGGAGGGGUUUGAAAUAGAGCAUUAGAGAGGUAAAAAAAGAACUAAAUUAUCAGCUGCAACAAGAGGUGCAUCCACUUCAAACAAAGAGACUUCAUAUUUAUUUCUGAAGUAAAUGGUCUGACAUGGAAAACAGGAAAGGAACGCUUUUGAUCAUUUGUGACCCUGGGCCAUAAAACCAGUCAUAAGUAACACGGGUGUAUUUGUAGCAAUAGCCAAAAUACAUUGUAGCAGUUUUUCUUUUAUGCCUAAAAUCAUUAGGAUAUUAAGUAAAGAUCAUGAUCCAUGAAGAUAUUUAGCAAAUUUCCUACCAUAAAUAUACCAAAACUUAAUUUUUGAUUAGCAGAACUUCAUUUGGCGUACUUUAAAGGUGAUUUUCUCAGUACUUUGAUUUUUUACACCCUCAUAUUCUAGAUUUGCAAAUAAUUGUAUCUCAGCCAAAUAUUGUCAUAUCCUAACAAUCCUAAUUAUCUAUUCAGCUUUCAGAUGAUAUAUCUUAAUUUCAGAAAAUUGACCCUAAUGACUGAUUUUAUGGUCAAGGGUCACAUUUCUUUUCCAUUUCAGCAAGUACUGAAAGAUAAUAUGCUACUGCUUUUCCCCAAAUAAAAUGUAUUCAAGCAAGCAAAUGUGUUAACAUCCAACUGCAAGUCAAAACACUUGUCUGUUUACCACACUUACUAUUUACACUGUAAUGGAGCCUAUAUAAAUGUAAGCAGAAAAAUGUGUUGUAUGUAAACAUAACUAUCUUUUCAUGGACCUGAACGUGCAGUAUCUGUUGAUUUUAUGUUUGUUGUGCUUGUAAGAAAAGUGAUGUCUUAUAUGUGAGUUUUAG